AAUAAUGGGAUACAUUUUGACCGUACCCAGCAAGCUUCCGUAUCGAUAUCCUCAGUUUUCUAUGAGGCUGAAGGGCUAUUAGGGCUAGGUGGAUCAAACUGUAUUUGUGAAUGAAUGCUCCCUGCUUACUUAUCUCUACCAAACUAUUCAGAGAAAUCAGACAGUUCCACUUGCAGUUUCUCGGGGUGUAGAGGAAGUGCAGCCAUGUCUAAGAAGGUGACGUUGGUGAAGGGCAAGAAUAACAUGAUAGGGAUCAGCAUAGGGGGAGGGGCCCCCAUGUGUCCAGUGCUGUACGUCGUCCAGGUGUUUCAUCGUACCCCCGCUUACGAUGAUGGCUCCCUGUGUCCAGGUGAUGAGCUGGUCUCCGUGAACGGGGUCAGCUUGAAGGGGUUGUCCAGGAAACAAACAGCUGAUGUGAUUCAGGCAGAAAAGGGUGAGAUCACUAUUGUGUUCAACAAGAUUGAGCCUCCUAAAGGAAAGAGUAUGGACAUAGCAAUGAAGAAGGUGAAGCAUCGGAUAGUUGAGAAGAUGAAUGAAAGUACGGCUGACUCACUGGGACUGAGCAGAGCUGUCCUUGUCAACGACAAGCUUGUGGCUAAGGUGGAUGCGCUGGAGAAGAAUGCUAAAGUGUACAAAGGGAUUGCUGAACAGGCCCGCUCAUUCCUGAUCGGUGUGAAGGAGCUCACAAUCACUCAUAGAAAGUUUGGGGACGUGUUCAGCAGGGUGGGUGUGUACGAGAUACAACAAAGUGCUAGUCUGGCAUUCAGCAAGUUUGGCACUGCUCACAAGACGAUGGCUGAUGAAGGAAUGAAGUUCAUCGUCAACGUGGGACCAAUGCUGAGAGAGCUGUACACCUUUCUGGAGAAGGCUGUUCCUGACACAAGGCUAACUCUCAAGAAGUACACCGAUGCUAAAGUGGAGUUUCUGGCCUAUUGUCUCAAGGUCAAGGAAAUGGACGACGAGGAGUACGAAGCAUCGAGCUUUGGGCAGCCUCUGGUUCGAGUGCUGAACGGUAACGAGGUGUAUCGAGUGUUCCUGCGUUGUCGUCAUGCAGCCAAGCUGAGGUUCAUCAAGCUACGCUCUGACGUGCUGGUCAAACUGCAGCUGCUGGAUAACAAGAGAGUGCAAGAUGUGGCGUUUCAACUGGAGAGACUGGUUGCUGGAAUGUACGUUUACUACCGACAGUGUCACAAGAUCAUGACGCCAGCGUGUGUGUUCCCAAUUGAAGUCGAGUUGGGUAUCAACCUUGAUCCAUAUCGCUAUGAGUCACAUGACCCACCUCCGGUAUCACCUGACAUCAACAAGCCAGAGGACAUCGGUGUUGACGACCUACUCCUUCCAUCACUUGCCACGCCCACAGGUGAUAUGAAGCCACACCCACCCAGCAGUAUUGAUGAACUGCUCUCCCUUCCUCAAAGCAGUGAACCAUGAAUGAACUGUGCCAACUAUAAUUCAUGUACGGUACAUUUUCUAUAGAUUCUACUAUCACAUGAAUCAGUCAUAAUUAUAUACAUUUAAUUUUCACUGUAAAAUCAGAUUAUUGAAGUCAUGA